AUGGAAGGUAUUGAAAAGAGUAUUGAAAAGAGAAAUCCAGGCAGGCCAUUUCCUAGAAAAGAGGAGAGUGAGUGGGUACCAAAGACGGCCGUUGGGAGGCUGGUGAAGAUGUUUAAGAUAACGUCUCUGGACCAAAUAUUUAAGUUUUCUCAUGUGAUUCGUGAGCCGGAGAUAGUUGACAUGCUAUGCGGAAACUCGAUAAAGGAGGAAGUAUUGUCCAUUAAGUCUGUUCAGAAGCAGACAAGGGCCGGACAGAAAACUAGGAUAAAGGCUGUGGUUGUGGUCGGAGAUGGAAAUGGACAUGUUGGUCUUGGGACUAAGGCAUCGAAAGAAGCUGCAUCUGCAAUCCGAGGGGCUAUAGCUAGAGCCAAGUGUGCAAUUAGGCCUGUAAGGCUAGGACUUUGGGAUGGAGACCAAGGAAAGCCUCACACUAUUUCCUGCAAGGGAUCUGGUAAAUGCGGAACCUCCAUUGUUCGAGUGAUUCCUGCACCUAGGGGAACAGGGAUUAUAUCCGGAAGUGUUAAUAAGAAGAUAUUUGAGCUUGCAGGGAUCAAGGAUCUUUACACGAUAUCCUCUGGAGCCACCUCAACGACAGAAAAUUUUGCCAAAGCUUCCAUUGCAGCUCUUGAAGCAACGUCAUCAAUGAUUCUUCCAGACCAAUGGGAAGAGAAACCAAGAACACUGAAUCCACUAUUGGAGUUUGCCGAUAUCCUCAACCAGCUCGACAAAAGCCGUGUUUAA